AUGCCCCCUAGCCAAGCUGUCAUACUUUUUCAACCAAAUCCAGAAAUGUUGCAGUAUGCCAGAAUGACACAUGACAUCAGAUUUGUGUAUCCCAGACAUCACACAUUUAGACACACCACAAAUAUUCUUAGAGCACAUUCUAUCAAAGGCAGCGACCUCGUCCACAUGUCAGACGAGGAAAUCACCUCUCUUCCAGAAAUUCCCGCCAACUUGGACAUACCAGAACUCCUCCUCUCAUCUGACGAUGCUGCCCAUCUCUUGUACCCAUGUUUCAUCAUGCCUGGUGAGACACAGGAAAUGUUUUCCACUGAAACUCAGGCCUGGUGGACCAAAGAUCACCUGAAGAAAGAAGGUACAAUUGACCUAUGCAGGAAACUCCCACAGGCUUCGCCUGCCUCAUCACCCCCCAUCCUCAUCAUCAUGUCUCCCAACUCCCUGGCUCACCUUAUCCUGAAGAUCAAGUCCAUUAGUGAUGCCAACACCAGACUCACAGAUGAAUGGGUUAAGUUACCCAAAGUUUAUUUUAUUAAUAGUAUGAAUGCUUGCACUAUUGAAGCCACUAACAAUGAAGAUGAAGACACUCUAGUCUUGGACAAUGAGAGUAACUCAUCGGACUGUUUCUCCUUUGCAGCUGAGGACAAGGAUGACACCACCAUCUCCAAGCACACCACUGCCAUGCAGUGGCUUGCUUAUCUCACCUGUGACCUUACCAACACACUCUCCUGCAAUAUCAUGCCUCAACUUGUCCUGCCCUCAAAUUCUACCAAACUCUUGACAUGCUUGAAGAACAGGACGAGUCCAUGGACUUUGUCCCUUGAUGGAGUGCACUGCAUUCCCACUAUCGUUAACUGCGCUAUGUUUUUCCUUCAACUCUGCCCAUCAUCUAACCCACUUUUCACCCUGGAGGAAGCUGCUGUGCUCCACACCAUGUUGGGCAUCUUCCGAUUCCAUGGAAGCUUUCAACUCGCCGAUACCAUUGAUGACCUCCUCACUCUUUCCCUCCCCGAUGAAGAUACCAUCUACAAACUCCUUCAGAACUACCUCCUCAAAGAUCUCCAUAGUACUGGUGUCAUGGCUGACUCCAGCCUUAACUACCUUUUAUAUGUUGCAGAAUCCUAG